AAGCUGCUGCCACGGAAUCCGGAAGUGUUUCCGACUCGGCGGCUCUUCAUUCAGGCUGCUGCGGUGGAAACUCGCCUCUCCAGCCCCUUCUAGCCUCUCUUUGGGGUCGGUAUCUUCGCGUUUGGGUCGUGAAGCGGUGCGGAACCAUGGCAGGUCGGCUYCCGGCUUGUGUUGUUGACUGCGGCACCGGGUACACAAAGCUUGGAUAUGCAGGAAACACGGAGCCACAGUUCAUCAUCCCGUCAUGUAUUGCGAUCAAAGAAUCUGCCAAGGUGGGAGACCAGGCGCAGCGCAGGAUGAUGAAGGGCGUCGACGAUCUGGACUUCUACAUCGGAGAUGAAGCCAUCGACAAACCUUCGUACGCAACAAAGUGGCCCAUCCGUCACGGCAUUGUGGAGGACUGGGACCUGAUGGAGCGCUUCAUGGAGCAGGUCAUCUUCAAGUACCUGCGGGCGGAGCCAGAGGACCACUACUUCCUGCUGACAGAGCCGCCCCUCAACACUCCUGAGAACAGGGAGUACACGGCCGAGAUCAUGUUCGAAUCCUUCAACGUCCCGGGUCUCUACAUCGCCGUCCAGGCUGUCCUGGCGCUGGCCGCCUCCUGGACGUCCCGGCAGGUUGGCGAGCGGACGCUCACGGGAACUGUAAUCGACAGUGGAGAUGGUGUGACGCACGUCAUCCCGGUGGCUGAAGGCUACGUGAUUGGCAGCUGCAUCAAGCACAUCCCCAUCGCCGGUCGAGACAUCACCUACUUCACCCAGCAGCUGCUGAGGGAGAGGGAGGUGGGCAUUCCCCCGGAGCAGUCGCUGGAGACGGCUAAAGCUGUUAAGGAGCGGUUCAGCUAUGUCUGCCCCGACCUGGUCAAGGAGUUCAGCAAGUACGACACGGACGGCUCCAAGUGGAUCAAGCAGUAUACAGGCGUCAACGCCAUCACGAAGAAGGAGUUUACCAUUGACGUGGGCUACGAGCGCUUCCUGGGGCCAGAGAUCUUCUUCCACCCAGAGUUCGCCAACCCAGACUUCACUCAGCCCAUCUCGGAGGUGGUGGACGAGGUCAUCCAGAACUGCCCCAUUGACGUCCGACGUCCUCUCUACAAGAACGUGGUUCUGUCUGGAGGCUCCACCAUGUUCCGGGACUUUGGCCGGCGCCUGCAGAGGGACCUAAAGAGAACAGUGGAUGCCCGGCUGAAGAUCAGUGAGGAGCUCAGCGGCGGCAAGCUGAAGCCGAAGCCCAUCGACGUCCAGGUUGUCACCCACCACAUGCAGAGGUAUGCCGUGUGGUUCGGAGGGUCCAUGCUGGCAUCCACCCCCGAGUUUUACCAGGUGUGCCACACCAAGAAGGACUACGAGGAGAUCGGGCCGAGCAUCUGCCGCCACAACCCCGUGUUUGGGGUCAUGUCCUAGUUCAGGACGGACCAGAAGAAGUGUUUGUACAACACAGCGACGGAUUGGAACGCAGCGAGACGGACCAAACAGACUUCCUGAACAUCACAGGAACCAGAAGUUCUGGUUAAAUGUUUCACUUCUCUUCACAGGGUGGUCAUUAAUCCCCCUCUCUGUGAACGGGCCAUAGCAUCUCUGGGUUGUCAUGGGAACACUUUGCAAAAACGCCUGAAGCUUGUUUUUAUUUGUCUGGUUGAAAGAUAAUCAGAUACUCAGCAGUGUGCAUCUUGUUUGUUAGCAUUGAUCAGCAGGUAGAGGAGGAAGCAGCCAGAUGAAUAAAUUAACGACUGUUUCUAUUGCCUCUGUCUGUCAUUCUGGACAGCCUAGUUCUGUACAAAAUCUGGAUUUAUAAAUGUAAUAAAUGCUAAGCAGGUGUUUCUAGC